AUGAAAUCGCCGACAGAAAACACGCACACAAAUGGAAGAAAAAUACUCAUUGGGUUGUGUUCCACCUCCUGCUUCCUACUGUCUGUCGUUUGCUGUAUCGCACUGUUUCACGUGGAAUUCAGAAUACACGAGCAUCAUCGACUCAUAUCACAGUUAGUAACAUUCCGUCAAGAGAUUCAAAGAGAAAUCGCUAAAGUUCAACAGGAUUGUAAAAAAGGGAGAGUAACCAAAAGCAACCAUCCCGACAUUUGGCAAAAUACAAAAGGUGGGUGAAAACGAACAGAAAGUGGAGAUAUAUCACUUUUUGCCAAACCGAGGAUAAUCCUUUCACGUGGUAUAGUGGUUUAGUUGGAAUCAACUACAGAAUACAGGGCCACAUUUUAAGUUUUAAAGAACACGGAAAGGGAGAUAUUUUAGUGGCUCGGUGGCUCGUCAUUCGAGGUUAGCAACUUAAAGAACGAGAGAGGUAUAUUUUAGUGGCUCGCAGACUCCGUCCCAACGAAUAUAACUAGAAAAUUGGCCCUCUAUUUUGUAGUUAUGCUAAAUGUUCUUAACCUUAUUUAGCUUUUCAAACAACCGUGGAAGCUUGUAUGUAGUUCAUAUAUUGAAGUAUUAAAACAUUACGCUCAUUUUUCAAGGUCGCAAAGUUAUAUACAGAGAAAAACGUGAUUCAUCAGAUGCCUCUCAAAACAAAUCGGUUACAAAAGCCUCCGAAGUAAAAAAGCUGAUCAAAAAAGAGCUUCGCCUGAUGCAGAAUAAAAUCUGUGCCAAAGAUGAAAAGCUCUGUCAACCAGGACCAAAAGGUAGCACAGGAAGACGGGGAAGACGAGGACCCCAAGGUAUACCGGGCCCCAGAGGGAGAUCCGGCCCAGCGGGGACUCCCGGUAAAAAUGGACCAAUAGGACCACAGGGACCAAUGGGUAUAAAGGGGGAUCGCGGAUUGCCAGGUCUGCCAGGACCUCCCGGCCCCAGAGGUCCGCCUGGUGAGAAAGGCGCACCGGGAAAAUCCAUCUCAGCUCCCUCCUUGUUACAGCCUCCUGUUGAAACGACAAUCAAUGCAAGUCUGACAGCCAUCUUGAAAUGUACAGCAGCUGGAAAUCCUCCUCCCAAAGUCACAUGGUUUAAGGUGAACUCAACACUUCCUGUCGGACGUCACGUUGUAGAGUCGAGUGGUGCUCUGAUUCUUCAGGAUGUUAGACCUGAAGACGAGGGCCAGUACACCUGCAAAGCUGAAAAUUUGCUGGGAACCAUCAACGCCAGCGCACGGCUAACAGUGCAGUGUAAGUUGCAUUUCAUUCUUCAAGAUUUCAAGACGUUUUUUUAUCUCUCCCUAAUACAUUUUCUGACAUGUUGUGGGAGUAUUCUAACGGACAGGUGUAAAGCAGGUAAUAUUCUGGGAUCAGCGAUGGCUAUGGCUCAAUUGAUGGUUUUUUCGCCUCUUCGGUUCAAACUUCGACCACCUAAGGAACUGACUCCUAUGGUUGGCUCAACUGUUCGCCUACCUUGUGUGGCCGAGAGUGACCUGAGACUUACCAUAACUUGGACAAAGGAUGGAUCCAUACUUCCUUUUGAAUCAAGGAUUCUUCAAAACAACACUCUAGUUCUUGGCAGCAUCAAAAUAUCACAUAAAGGAUCUUACACCUGCAGAGCGAGUAAUCCUUUGUCAACAAUAGAAACCAAAGUAAAAAUCAAUUCUCCAGUUACUCUUGCUUCCUGUUCUGUUAUCAGAAAACACGUCAGCAGUGUAAGCGGAAAUUACGUUAUUGAUCCAGAUGGCGAGGGAGGUCUGGCACCAUUCAAUGUUUACUGUGAUAUGACAGCUAAAAAUAAAGUUGGCGUGACAGUCAUUAGUCACGACAGUGAAAGCAGAACAUCAGUGAAAGGAUAUGAAUCUCCCGGUACUUAUUUACGAGAUGUUCGUUACGCAAAAGUGAGCCUCUCUCAGCUGGCAAGUCUCACCAGAGUCUCAUCGCAUUGUGAACAGUUUAUCAAGUACGAGUGUUACGGUUCAGUUUUGCUUAACAACGUUAACAACCAUAAAUAUGGAUGGUGGGUGUCACGUGAUUCUACUGAGAUGACGUACUGGGGCGGAGCAUCUGACAAUGGUAAGUGCGCGUGCGGGAUGACUAACUCGUGUGCAGAUCCCAGUUAUGGCUGUAACUGUGACAAGAAUGACAAUGUAUGGCGUGAAGACAGCGGUCUCCUUACCGACAAGACCAAGCUUCCUGUGAAAAAGCUCAGGUUUGGGGAUACUGGUGACAGCGGAGAACAAGGUUACCAUACCCUUGGAAAACUAAAGUGCUUUGGGACAGCAUAA